AUGCCCCGCCAGCACGCGGGCGGAGAGGAGGGCGGCGCCGCCGGGCUCUGGGUGAGGAGCGGUGCGGCGGCGGCGGCGGCGGCGGGCUGGGGGCGCGCGGGCUGCGGCAUGAAGGAUGUGGAGUCGGGCCGGGCCAGGGCGCUGCUGAACUCGGCGGCCGCCGGGGGCGACGGGCUGCUGCUGCUGGGCACCCGCGCGGCCGCGCUGGGCGGCGGCGGCGGCGGCCUGCGGGAGAGCCGGCGGGGCAAGCAGGGCGCCCGGAUGAGCCUGCUGGGGAAGCCGCUCUCCUACAGCAGCGGCCAGAGCUGCCGGCGUAACGUCAAGUACCGGCGGCUGCAGAACUACCUGUACAACGUGCUGGAGAGACCCCGCGGCUGGGCGUUCGUCUACCACGCUUUCGUUUUUCUCCUUGUCUUUGGUUGCUUGAUUUUGUCAGUGUUCUCCACCAUCCCCGAGCACACAAAGUUGGCCUCAAGUUGCCUCUUGAUUCUGGAGUUUGUGAUGAUCGUUGUCUUUGGUUUGGAGUUCAUCAUUCGAAUCUGGUCUGCAGGCUGCUGUUGCCGGUACAGAGGAUGGCAAGGAAGACUGAGAUUUGCCCGGAAGCCCUUCUGUGUUAUAGAUACCAUCGUUCUCAUCGCCUCCAUAGCGGUAGUUUCUGCCAAAACUCAGGGUAACAUCUUCGCCACGUCGGCGCUGCGCAGCCUGCGCUUCCUGCAGAUCCUGCGCAUGGUGCGCAUGGACAGGCGCGGCGGCACCUGGAAGCUGCUGGGCUCCGUGGUCUACGCGCACAGCAAGGAAUUAAUCACAGCUUGGUACAUAGGAUUUUUGGUUCUGAUUUUUUCGUCUUUCCUUGUCUACCUGGUGGAAAAGGACGCCAACAAGGAAUUCUCCACCUACGCGGACGCACUCUGGUGGGGCACGAUAACAUUGACCACAAUCGGCUAUGGAGACAAAACCCCCCUGACCUGGCUGGGAAGGCUGCUCUCUGCGGGCUUUGCACUCCUGGGCAUUUCUUUCUUUGCACUUCCUGCUGGCAUUCUUGGCUCAGGUUUUGCAUUAAAAGUACAAGAACAGCACCGCCAGAAGCACUUUGAGAAAAGAAGGAACCCAGCUGCCAGCCUCAUCCAGUGCGUUUGGCGUAGUUAUGCAGCCGACGAGAAAUCUGUCUCCAUUGCAACCUGGAAGCCGCACCUGAAGGCCUUGCACACCUGCAGCCCCACCAAGAAAGAACAAGGGGAAGCAUCAAGCAGUAAGGUCUGUAGUCAUAAGCAGAAGCUCUUCAGAAUACACACCUCAUGGAAGCAGAGCCAGAAGCUCAGCUUCAAGGAGCGCGUACGCAUGGCGAGCCCGCGGGGCCAGAGCGUCAAGAGCAGGCAGGCCUCGCUGGGCGACAGGCGGUCCCCCAGCACGGACAUCACCACCGAGGGCAGCCCCACCAAAGUGCAGAAGAGCUGGAGCUUCAACGACCGCACCCGCUUCCGGCCCUCGCUGCGGCUCAAGAGCUCCCAGCCCAAGCCGGUGGCAGAUGCUGACACGGCGCUUGGCACCGACGACGUGUAUGAUGACAAAGGAUGCCAGUGUGACGUGUCCGUGGAGGACCUCACCCCACCACUGAAAACUGUCAUUCGGGCGAUCAGAAUUAUGAAGUUUCACGUCGCAAAACGGAAGUUUAAGGAAACAUUACGCCCAUAUGACGUAAAAGACGUCAUUGAACAGUAUUCUGCUGGUCACCUGGACAUGCUGUGCAGAAUUAAAAGCCUGCAAACACGUGUGGAUCAAAUUCUUGGAAAAGGGCAAAUCACAUCAGAUAAGAAGAGCAGAGAGAAAAUAACCGCAGAACAUGAGACCACAGAUGACCUCAGCAUGCUCGGCCGAGUGGUCAAGGUUGAAAAGCAGGUCCAGUCCAUCGAGGCCAAGCUGGACUGCCUGCUGGACAUCUACCAGCAGGCCCUGCGGAAAGGCUCCGCGUCGGCCCUCGCACUGGCCCCCCUGCAGACCCCGCCUUUCGACUGUCAGCAGACCUCGGACUAUCAGAGCCUGGCCCCGCCCGGCGGCCGCCUGCCCCGCUCGGCCAGCGCGGGCCUGGCUCGGGGCCUGCAGCUCAUCCUCACGCCUGGCGAGCUGGGGGCGCAGACCUUGUACGCGCUGAGCCCCCCGGCGGCCCAGGGGCCCGGGAGCCCGGGGGACGGCCCGGCAGCGGCGGGGGUGGGCGCGGCCCGGCCGGUGGCUCCUGCCACCCUGCAGAUCCCGGCCCCGCUGCCCGCCCUGGGGGCCCUGGCCCCCGGCCCCGCGGGCCCGCACGAAGGCCUCCCCGACGUCUCCGCCCGCCUCGAGGCCACCAAGGAGCGUGCGCUGCGCCAGAGCCUCGACCUGGACGGCGCGGCCCUGCUAUCUGUCCGGCCCGCGGCGGCCCAGGACCGGGGCAAGUCGGCGUCGGUGCAGAACCUGAUCCGGUCCACGGAGGACCUGGACGUGCCGCUGUCGGGGAGCGAGUCCAGCGGCUCCAGGGGCAGCCAAGAUUUUUACCCCAAAUGGAGGGAAUCCAAAUUGUUUAUAACUGAUGAAGAGGCGGGCCAGGAGGAGACCGGGUCGGACGCCUUGCACGCGGGGCCGCCGGCCCGGGAACCCGCCCUGGCGUCGGACUGUCUCAGGACUGGACGGUCCCGAUCAUCUCGGAGCGCAGGAGCCGCGGAGGCCCUCGGCCGGGCCCAUGCCAGGCUAAAAUGAGGCCCUCGCUCGCUUCCCUUGCCCCGCAGCCUCUCAGCCAUACACGUCGCUGCAUGAACUCUUCGGGAAGCCCUUCUCAAAAGUUGAAUGCCCAAGAAUCAGGAAGAGCAGGAAAGGCAGUGUCCAAGCCCGUUACCUUUUAAUUGCAUGACAAUGCAUGUUCAGGGGACGGCUGAACUUCCCAGGUAGGACAACAUUACCCCUCAUUCAGGAAGGUACCUCGCGUUAAAACUCCUGAGAAAUCAACACUGCUGGUGCUGUGGUGUGUGUGAAAAUGUCAAGGUCAGGUCGUUUAUAAGAUUGGACUCUGUCUUUUGAAAUGAUGGGAGUAAGCGCCUUCAGAUUUCAGGCAUUUCUGCUUUGUGGUAAAACACAGAAUACAGGUUCAGAAUUAGGCCAUGACGUGCGUACACGUAAACAUAGUAUCAGCUGCUGAUAGGGUGUCCAGUAAAGCAGAAUUGGGGAAUCACAGAAACGGCUGCCUGUCCAAGACGUACUUGCCAACCCGUUCCUAUUCAGGCAUUUUAUUAUUAAUGUAAUUUGAAUGUCAAUUCGUGUGCUUUUGGUGACUUAACGCUGUGGCCAGCAACUUUGCACGUCAUUUUCAUGUUCUUUAUGACGAGAAUGUUCUUCGGUUAGAAAAUGUGCAAACAGUGAAAGUCAAGGCCAGUGGGGCAAAUAGGCUGACUCUGACACAUCUGACUUCAGUGGAAACGUACUCCCUGAUGGCUCGCUCCAUCAGCUGCUACACAAGCAAACCAAGUCCUGAGAAGCGGACAGCCGGCCAGGCAGGGCUGAUCCGUGUGUCCUGCAGCGCUCUCCACUACAGGCAAGUGCGAGAGGCUCUUCCCACGGCUGAUACACACGCAGGAUCCUGGGAGCAGACGUGUGAGUGAGACGGGGAUGGAAAAGGCUUGAAAAGAAUCCAGACACGACACCGGGAAACAAGUGAGCUCAAGAAAACGACUUCCCCCUCCAGGGCCGUGAGAGGGAGGGAAGCAAACCAAAAGGAAAGACCUUGAUUUUUUAGAAAACGAAUAUUGCUAAGGAAUUCAACUACCUAAACAUCCCUUAUUCUUAUAUAUAAGCAGAGAAUUUUGAAAGGCAUUCAUUUUUUAAUAUGCCCUGAAUGUCUUUUGCUAUUAGGUAGUACAUUUUGCAUAUGGAAGGCUAAAACUAAACGUCCUUUACUUUUUAUACUGUAGUGCACAUUUUCUAUUCUUCCCAAGAAUGUUGCCCCCAAUCUGAAAUUACUGGCUCAGUUUCCUGGUACAAACAUUUUAUGGUUCAAAGUCAGGUAACACUGGCGGGGUCUGCGAAUCAAAGCACUUAAUAAUACAGCAUGGCAGCAAAAAGACCAAGGGACACCAAAAGAGAAAUGUAUGUACCAGAUAGCAAGCAAAGUUGACCGCUUGUUAGAAACCAGCCUCGCUAGCCCAGACCGUCAGAACUUCUGCCAAGGUAACGGCACCCAAAGGGCCAGGAGAAGCGAGAGAACACUGGUUAAACUCUCACCACAGAAGGACUUAAAAAGAAGAGUUUUUUCCUUGGCGGUAGUGCUGCCUCCGGGAAAACUUUCCCAGCGGCCAGGAGGACCAAGCAGGGCUGUCGCCGGCCACCCAGAGGCCAGAAGAUGCCCUGACACCCGCCAAGUCCCUCCCAACUCUCUCCCCAGCCGGGUUUCUCCACCCCAGGCUCCCCCCGCGACUUUUCUUCUCCACAGGCUUAUGGACUCCCUGCCACAAGUUCCCUUCUGGACUUCACCAGCCGACAUCCCCAAGUAAACCGCUUCUCCACUCAUCCAAAAUGCGCUUCUCAGCCUUUUAAGACCCUGUCCUUUUUGAUAAACACUGAAAUUUGGCAAGAUUCCUCUUCUCGCCCCACCGGGAUCCUAGCACACUCCCCCGGAGCAUGUCAUUCAGCGUGUGCUUGGGUGCUGGAGAUAUGCAGAAGAGAGUCUAAAUUUGACACUCCAGUUAAGAAGAGGUUCUCAAGCUUUCGAAGCCAUUAUUUUCAUUUUCGAAACACAGAGUGUUAGUAAAGUAUUAAAUGCAAUGUUUCAUCUACCCAUGUAUCCACUCAAAGUUGUGAUCCAUCCUCCCAAGGAGGUUGUACACAAGAACACACACACACACCCCUACCCCUCCACUGACCCGAAGCCAGACCCCCGCUGUGCACGGCAGGCCUCUCCAGGUGUUGGCCGAGGAAGAGGCAGGAGAUAGCAGCUUUCAGGUAGCACUGAGUCUUGGACACACUCUGUCCGGGUCACACCCCACUGGCAGCAGGAACUCUGAAUGUACGGGGGACCCCUCUGGCCCCUUCAGGCCUCAGACACAGUACAGUUCAUCCGGCGUUGCCGAAGACGGAAGAUUCAGAAACAAACCUAAGCCCAUCACUUAGGGUUACCCACAGCCCCACGUGGUAAAUCACGUUAGGAAAAGCUUUCAUACAUCCAAGCCAUGACCAUUUUGUGUCUGUCUUACUCUAUAGCGCAAAAAGUCCUGGAUGUCGAAAGCCGGUUGUCUUGUGUGAAAACUGGAGGGUUGUGUCUGCUCUGUUCCUCUCGGCGGAGCCGAGAGGGGCCUCCCACUCACACUUAGCAAAGUCCCUUCGGUCAACCCCAGACGGCGUCUCGAAGCACAAUUCAGCUGAGCGCUUAUCAGCCGCCGGCUUUCUCGGUCCGUGUUCGUCUGCCUUCUGCAGUUCGUGGGGCUGAUCAAGCUACCGCUUCCUGGCAAACAUCCCUUCUAGGAGGUGAACUGAGAAACUUUGCUCUGUCUGAUCUAAAUGUUUGCAUUGUGUUCAACUAAAUUAACACCUGUAGAUUGCAAGUUUCGUUUAAAGAAGACACUUGACUGAGUUUUUAAGUCUUUAUCUCCUGUUCUAAGGUGCCUUUCUUGCCUCCCCUUGGCUCAGUGAUUCUGAACAUUCUUAAUUUGCCAGUAAAACAAGUCUAACAGAGAGGAGGAAAUCAGGCACAAAGUGACUAAUUCUCAUGCCUGUUUGCAAAGCAAACUAUAAGGAAGGAUGCAAGUGAGCAACUAAGUGAAUAGGUCACUUCAUCCAGAUUGAGAAAAUAUCAUAAAUGUUAACUUAUCUCCCCAGAAGCUAUUUUUUGCCUUAAAAUGACAUGGUUGUGUUUUUGUAAGAGAAACUUAAUUUAAUAUAAUUAUGUGCAUUUAAGUGAGCAGUUCUGGAAGUCGUGUAUGACAAUGCAGUUGUCUGUUUCCUGAAAACAAAUAAAUCAGGAAUAUCAUAUCCAUUUCAAGCUACCAUUCAAAUGUAAUUUCCUUUGCUCUCUUUUACUGGGAUUAUUUGUUUUAAAGUAAAACAUUAAAAAGAUGUCUAUAAACA